AUGUCGAGACAAGAAGCCAUCUGUCUCAGCCAAGUGUGCAGAACGCAAGCAUCAAAGAAGAGUCCUCCUCAGGUACAGAAAGCAAAACUUUUGCCGCCUAGUGACCCAGAUCCGACAGGCAAACAUCCAAAAUCAUCGGUACCCGCACACAUUGUUGAAGCUACUUUGGAGGACAAAGAUGAAGAUUUGAUCAUGCUUCCCGCUGCAAAAUUGGAAGAGUGGUUGAAACAAGGUAUUCGAAUCUUACGAGAGAACCGACAAAGAACGAAGGCUGUUGGAUCCGAUCCAGAAUACGAAGCGUUAGAAAAUGAACCAGGAAAUCCAGUCUCUUCCCCAACUCGGGGACCGGCAACUCUUUACGGCAACUCAGAAAAAAUUGUUGAUCCAUUCUUCGAUAGAUUUGAAGAAAUAAGUGCCGACUCGCCCUCGAAAAUUACAAUCGACAGAAAUGCAUUGAGUACCCUUCAGCUCGGCGAUCUUGAUGAAUUUUUUCAGUUUGGGAGAUUCCAUCGCUUUGAAAACUCUGAGUCACCUUUCGAUAUAUUAUGGCAGACGUAUUUCAGUAAAUUGUUUGAGUCUCGCUACUCCAGGAGUGUUGCUCAUUGCCAGUGGUUCGUGACGGUUCGAAAAGCAUGGUUUCGAAGACGUUUCGGCGCAAUCGUACCUUCGACGAAUUCCUUUCUCGUAGGAAUUUGCUUUGCUCACAUGUUUUGUAACGGUGGUACUCAUGGUGGUGAUAUAACCAUUGGCUCUGUACUGUCGUAUUGUUUUGAUAGUGAAGUCCUUUCAAGGGGAAAAGUGAAUGACCAUGAAGGCAUUAAAUUGCUUGCAGAAAUCGUACCUAUAUUCAACGAUUACAUGAAGCUAGAGUCUGACGAUCCUUUUUCACCCAAUAGAAGACUUCUCCUCUGGCUUAUGCCCAUCAAGACCGAAGAAGCUCUUGCGCUGAAUGUGCAGGAAUUUAUGCUCAUUAUACGGUUUCUCAAGGUGCAAUCAACUUUCCCAAUCAACAGAAUAGACAGCCCUUCUCCAACAUCUCUCUUUAUUAAUGAUCUAAAUUUUGAGUCAUUGAAAGAAAUCGGUGGUCUACGAUUGGUCUGGACAGAUGUACUGGAUGAACAUCUCCUUCUCGAUCACGAAACUAGGAGACUAUUCGUCGCAUUUUUUGGAAGCAUCGAGAAUUCACAAAAUCGUUCAUAA